UAUUUACACUACACACCCCAUUUUUAUCUACCACACCUGUAAAACACACGCCAUACCUAUCACAUCGAAAAAUACAUUAGCCACUUGUUAUUUAGCCCUUGAAACCUACUGUACUCUUGACAAGUUCCAGGGAUGAUGAGGUCUGGCAUUAACCUCAUACACCACACAAGAAUAGGCGUUGGGAAGACCACAUUAACUAAGAAAUUAACAGAAUAUGUGAACGAGAAGAUAGUUAAAACGUCAGGCUUUUACACAGAAGAGGUUAGAAAGAACCAUGUAAGGGAAGGUUUUGAUGUAGUCAGCUUAGACGGAAAGAGAGGACGAUUGGCAAGAGACAUGAGCCUCCUGGGUCCCGUUAAGUAUAAAGUUGGCAAAUAUGGUGUCCUGAUUCAAGAAUUCGAAAGUGUUGCCCUUCCUACUCUAGUGCAGACCGAAGACCCCUCACACUUGUUAGUUAUAGAUGAAAUAGGUAAAAUGGAGUUCUUCAGUGAGCCUUUUAAAAAUAAAAUAAAGGAAAUAUUUAGUCCUGCAUCUGAGUGUGUUGUACUAGCUACAAUUCCCGUGAGGAGGGGAGACGCCUUGAUUGAAUCUAUAAGGAGUAAUAGUAGAGCUAAAGUUUGGACAGUAACUAGGGAAAAUAGAAACACAAUUCACGAAGAUAUUUUAAAAGAAAUGAAAAAUGCAAUUCAAUUUUAGUUAAUUAUGCUUUAUGUUUGUUAUUUUAAAUAUAGGGUGCUACUUUCUUACAUUUUAUUUAACUUAAUCUUUAUCUUGUGGGGGCUGAUAAAUAAUGUUAUAAAUUGUUAUCUUUUAUACAGUUGGAUAAA